AUGCCUCGCCGCUCCUACAACAUCGCCAUGGUCAGCGACUUCUUCUACCCGCAACCAGGGGGAGUCGAAUCCCACAUCUACCAACUCUCCACAAAACUCAUCGACCGCGGCCACAAAGUCGUCGUAAUCACCCACGCCUACGGCAACCGCAACGGCGUCCGCUACCUCACCAACGGCCUCAAGGUCUACUACAUUCCCUUCGCCGUUAUCUACCGGAACGCCGCCUUCCCCACCGUCUUCUCCCUGUUUCCCAUCCUCCGCAACAUCUUCAUCCGCGAAUGUAUCGAGAUCGUACACGGGCAUGCGGCCCUUAGCGCCCUGGCCCACGAGGCCAUCCUUCAUGGGCGAACCAUGGGCCUUCGGACCGUGUAUACGGAUCAUUCACUCUUUGGCUUCGCUGAUAUUGGGAGCAUCCUUGCGAAUAAGCUGCUGAAGUUUAGCUUGAGCGACGUAGACCACGUCAUUUGCGUCAGCCAUACUUGCAAAGAAAACACCGUCCUCCGCGCCUCUCUCGACCCCCUCAUGGUGUCCGCAAUCCCCAACGCCCUCGUCUCCGCCAGCUUCCGCCCCAAAAAGCCCUCCUCCAAAAUAACCCCCCUCCGCCCCAGCGAAACCAUCACCAUAAUCGUCAUCUCCCGCCUCUACUACAACAAGGGAACCGACCUCCUCACCGCCGCCAUCCCCCGCAUCCUCGAAGACCACCCCAACACGCGCUUCAUCAUCGCCGGCGACGGGCCCAAGGCCAUCGACCUCCAACAAAUGAUCGAGCAGAACGUCCUACAGGAUCGCGUCGAGAUGCUCGGGGCCAUUCGCCAUGAGGAGGUCCGCGACGUGCUCGUGCGGGGUCACAUCUACCUGCACCCCUCCUUGACCGAGGCCUUUGGCACCGCUUUGGUCGAGGCGGCUAGUUGUGGUCUGUACGUCGUGUCGACGCGCGUUGGCGGCAUUCCUGAGGUGCUGCCCGACCACAUGACGGUUUUCGCGAACCCAGAGGAGGACGACCUCGUCGCCGCCACGGGCCGCGCUAUACUACGCAUGCGCGCCGGCGAGGUCCGCACCGAACUCUUCCACGAACAGGUCAAGUCGUACUACUCCUGGGUCGACGUCGCCGCCCGCACCGAACGCGUCUACGACGGAAUAACAGGUGAGAUCUCCGAAGCCGAAUUCUACGGCUCCGACGCCUCCCGCCCGGACACCCGCUCCCGCAUCCCCAGCUUCGCCAUGAUUGAUCGCCUGAAGCGAUACUACGGCUGCGGCAUCUGGGCCGGCAAACUCUUCUGCCUCGUCGUUACGAUCGACUACUUGCUCUUCGUAUUCCUCGAGUGGUGGUUCCCGAGGGACUCGAUCGAUAUUGCGACCGAUUGGCCGAGGAAGAUUUCUAUUGAGGAUGCGCCGCCUUCACCGAGUCAUAGGCAUGAGGAGGAGCAGGAGGUGGCGGGGGGGAAGAGAGGUGGGGGACAGGCGGCGUUGGGGAGGACUUCUGCUGAGGAUUCGGAGGAGCAUACGUCGGAUGUGUCGCCGCCUUAA